AUUUCUUUGCAGGAGAACUGUGAGAAUCCCAACGAACAAAAUUCCCUGGCUCCCGGUUCUUUAAUUCGAAGCUGUGGUUGGUGGAUCUCUGGGAUCUGGUCAAAAACAAAAUAGUCCUGAAGUAUUGCUUCUUGGUGGAUUCAUGGAGAGCUCUGGCUUUGCAAUGGUAUCUUGUUGCUGAAGUUGUGGUUUGGAGACAGAAUCUAUGUUCCCAACAAAGGAAUGAUUUGCAUCACAUCAAAGGCCGUAAAGACUUCCUAUGGAAACUCCAAGUAAUAGGAAGGUGCUUUCUGAAUGUUCUAAUAUGCAAACCAACCUACAUUUGGGGCUUGAAAACUGCAUUGACAAUACAAAGAAGGCAGACAGUUUUGCAAGCUGUUCAUCAAAUGCUCUAACAACAGACAUGUCUACCAUGUACAGCGAUGCAGGAAACCAUCUGGUAGAGGAUCACCCCACCACCAUGGGGGAUACAGACUAUUUGACACCAAACAAGAAUGGUUUUGAUUCAACUUAUGAAAUAUCAAGCAGCUGUGCUUCACCUUCUGUAGACUUUUCUGCUCUUACAGCAGCUGAUUUUGGAAUCACACCACAGUCAUUUACGAAACAAUAUAAAGGGGACGCAAAAAACCUGUUAAAAUUUAGACGGCAGUCUACGAUUGGAGUGCGGGGUUCUCCCGAAAAUAAUUCUCUUAUCCGAUUCAUUGCUCAGCAAAAGAGAAUAAAGAAGCAAGAUACUCUGGCUAGUCCUCUUCAAUGUCGAAACACUUGGCUAAAGGACAAGAUAGCUGCCUUCCAGUUUUCCUUUAAGCCACUUGAGGAAACCAAGGAAAGCUCUAUGAAAACUGACACAAGUCUGCAUGAGCAAUCUAAAGUAGAAUGUAAGGAUUUUGAGGAAAAUCGACACUGGAAAUCUGUCAAUAGAGGAAGAACACCAGCUGAUAUUCAAGGCGACAGUAUUGUAUCUUCAUUACAGAAAAAUGUCAUCAGCACUACUGUUUCUAAGGUUAUUCCAGUCAUGCAGGCAGAUACUAGGGAAUCUGGAUGUAUCCAUUUGGAAGCAACUACAGAUAAGUCAAAGGCUGUUUGUGAAUUAAGCAGCAAUGCUACAUCUGAUCAAAGCUGUAAGAAAGUUAGAUUUGCAGAAAAACGGAGCUUGGAAAUAUUUGAUAGAAACAAGCCACCCAUUACCCCCAUACGAAAAGAAGAAUUGCCUUCUAAUUCUCUUCAUUCUGCUUUGAAGAAAACGCCAGUAAUUAUGAUCACAGAAGACAUGAAGGGACAUCUUGAUAAAAGGACAGAGGGAGGAAGUGAAGUGCUCCCAGAUUGCAAAAACGUGGAAACACAGCAAAUAGAUCCUCCGUUACGUAGACGAAGAAAAGCCAUGUUCAGUGCAUCAGGUUCAAGAGAAAAAAGUUCUAUCAGAAGUCCUGACAAGCAGCCCUCGUCCCAGCCAAACUUUGAUUAUGUUGAUGAGCUUCCUCAACAAUCACCUGAUGUAUCCACUUCUGAAUAUGCUGUAAACUCUGAUCUGGAAGAAACAAAAAAUAGUUCUCCGGCAUUCCAGGCAACUUCCACUAGAACCACCAGGUCAUCUGCCAAAAGGAAGUCUAUCAACCAAGUAGAAGAAAUGGCUCUUAACCCUACAAAAAAAACCCUCCCAAAAUCCAUCAAAUUCCAAAAGGCAGAAGCGGCAACGAAAUCAGUUGAAAAGAGAAAAGCUGUCAGAAGCAAGGUUUUUGGAAAGAGGAGGAGAAGGAAAAAGAAGGAAAAAGCAUUGUAUGGGCAGCGACAAACUGUUUCAAAGAAACCUCUCUUGAGCCCAAUUCUGGAGAUGACAGAAAAUUUCUCUUUUAUGUCAUCUUAUCAAAGCACACCAAAGUCAGAAGUUUCUAUCUUCGAUGAUUCCAGCUCUAGUGUCCUGAAUGCAGAAUCUAUGCAUGAAAACCAACCUAACAUACAACAAAGUAGUAGAAAGGACAGCAGCUGUCUGCAUUCCAGCCUCAAUCUUGUGACGGAAGAUGCUUUACCGGAUAAUGUAUCUGGCUCAUCCUCGCAGCUUCUAGACACGGCUACAAAUGAUAUGAAAGAUACUCUUCCUUGGAACCCACUUGAAAAGAGCUCUCCUGAGAAAUUGAAGAGCUGCUGUUUCCCAAGUGUUGAGGAUUUUGAGUCUAAAGCACCUGGAAACAACCCCAGUGUUCCUAGAGAUAAUAUGAACAAACUGCCUUGGACAGUAAAUGACUCUGAACUCUUAGAGAAUUUACAGUGUUCUAUAGAGGAAUCUUUCAGGAGUGUAACCAGAAGUAAUAAAAAAAGGGUGAGACGUAGCAUGAGAUUGCUUAAAGAUGUGGAAAAUGAUGGGCUUGCCUGGAUUCAGAUGCCUGAUGAUAAUGUCCUAGGUCAAGCUAUCCUGGGUUCUGCUGGCAAAGCCCGGAAACGAAAGUCCACCUCCUGUUGUCCAGAAGUGGAGCCACUUCAUCCAAAGCAUGUGACUAGGGACCAAAUGCUCGUGCCAAUGAAGGAAGGGCAUAAUAAAACCCAUGUUGCAAUGGGCCCUACUGAAUCCAGGAGGAAGAGCAUCAGUGUGCUGAGUCUUGAAGAAAAGGAAAAUGCCACCUUGCACAACCAGAGAAACAGAAGAAGAAGCCUUGGCUACAAAAGUGAUCGCUGCUACCAAAAAGAUCACAUAAAUCAGAAAAUUAUUUGGGAGUCAAACUAAAGUGCCUUUAGAAAGAGACCGUAUCCUGCGUGUAUCAGAAGAGGGCAGUAUGGCAUAACUUAAAAAUGAGCAUAUUUUAUUAGGUUGCCUUUUGUUUUGUGAAAAGUACUGUAUAGCUCAAUCUUUAAGACACACCAGAAACAUUUUAAAAAAUAAAAUGCUUGGGGCCUGAUCCAUUUUAAAUUAGUCUUCACUUUAGUUCUUUUAAAGUUAAUGGAAAUUAGUUGUAACUAAUUUGCUACAUUGUUUAAUCCAACCAAUUUGAAGUUUGUUUAAGCCCUUUUGGUUUCCAUAGGAGAAAUAUAAGAACAUGGUUUAAUUCACUCUGUCACUAUUUCAUGUAGUUUCCAUGGAACAGUGUCACAGUUCUUGUUCUUUCCAUAUGGUCUUGUACAGAUGCUUCUCAUUUUCCAUACAUGAACCUGGCAAAGUUAUUUCUGUGGAGGAUUGUAUUUUGCUAUAGAUUGGGAGUUGUUGAAAAA